CAUCCUGCCUGCGCCGGGCCCGGCCGGAAGCGGAAGUUGCUAGGGGGUGGGAGAAGUUGCCCGAGAAGUGUCAAGUUACACUCCCGCUCUUGUCGGAGUUCUAGCCGCCGCUGCCUGAGCAGAUCCCCCGCCAUGGGCAACACGAGCAGCGAGCGCGCCGCGCUGGAGCGCCAGGGCGGCCACAAGACGGCGCGGAGGGACAGCUCGGGGGGCGCCAAGGAUGGGGACAGGCCCAAGAUCUUGAUGGACAGCCCCGAAGACGCCGACAUCUUCCACUCCGAGGAAAUCAAGGCUCCAGAGAAAGAGGAAUUCCUGGCCUGGCAGCAUGACCUGGAAGUGAACGACAAAGCCCCCGCCCAGGCUCGGCCCACUGUGUUCCGCUGGACAGGGGGUGGAAAGGAGGUCUACUUGUCUGGGUCCUUCAACAACUGGAGCAAACUGCCCCUCACGAGAAGCCAAAAUAACUUUGUAGCCAUCCUGGAUCUGCCUGAAGGAGAGCAUCAAUAUAAGUUCUUUGUGGAUGGUCAGUGGACCCACGAUCCUUCUGAGCCAAUAGUAACCAGCCAGCUUGGCACAGUUAACAACAUCAUUCAAGUGAAGAAAACUGACUUUGAAGUAUUUGAUGCUUUAAUGGUGGAUUCCCAAAAGUGCUCCGAUGUGUCUGAGCUGUCCAGUUCCCCACCGGGACCCUACCAUCAGGAGCCUUACAUCUCGAAACCAGAAGAGCGGUUCAAAGCCCCACCCAUUCUCCCUCCACACCUGCUGCAGGUCAUCUUGAACAAGGACACGGGCAUUUCUUGCGAUCCAGCGCUGCUUCCGGAGCCCAACCACGUCAUGCUGAACCACCUCUAUGCACUCUCUAUCAAGGAUGGAGUGAUGGUGCUCAGCGCAACCCACCGGUACAAGAAAAAGUAUGUCACCACCCUGCUCUACAAGCCCAUAUGAGAUGCUCGGAGCCAUGGACCACAGGGACAGCAGGCAGUGCUGGGCUCUCCAUGUGCAUGCAGAUCCUCACUCACUCUCUGGGACAUUUCACCCCUGCCCUAGUCCUCCUUGAAGGUUUGUCCAGGCACAGCCUCUCUAGAAGAGUCCAGAAACGGGAAAGGACGGCCGCUUGCAGUCCCAGAACCGCAGUGCAUGAGGCUAGUGUGCUCCAGACAUCAUCCCCCAGCUGGCCAGAGAUGUCAAAAGCCAGACCUGAAUGCUGGCCCCUGGCCGGUAAAAACUGGGGAGCAGGGACUGAAGCCACACAGAAGUCUCAUCGUCUGUGUCCAAGGUCGAUGGCCUGUCCCUGCUGAAGCCUGGCCGUGGACAUAAGCAAUAUUCAAUCUUGUCUGCCCUUCCAAAUCAAAGCAGUAGAUUGUAGAUUCUGUGGAAACUCAGAUGUCUGAUUUCCAGAUGCAGCUUUGCAAUCAUUGCCCAACACUGUGUGCACUAAGGACCUUUUUUAACUAGAGUGGCUGGCUGUCCAGUCCUACCUAAGGCAAUAAGUCACCAGGAUGAGACUAUGGAUCAUGUGACUACACUCAGCAAUAAUUGUCAACACAGACUUCAAAACCCACUGCCGUAUUCUCCAUUAAGCUGAAUGAUCCUGAGGACUGGUCACCGUGGAAGGUUGUUCACUCCUUAUUUCCACUGUAAUGGUGACAAUGUUACCAUGACAACUUUGUCAAAGCCCCACCCUCCUUUCAGUUCUGGCAUGUGCUCUUCACUAGGAUGCCACAGUGGUUGCAUUGCUUGUUCUGAAAGAUCUGGAGCCCCUUCAACAGCCUGCCGGAUUCCCAGCAGGAAGAGUCCUUUGGAUCAGUGUGAAUGAACCUGUUUUACACUUGUCUUGGUUUCCAUGGUGAUGCCACAGAUGUGCCCAUUGGUAUGGGUUCCUGUCACCUGUCAGCAGAAGUUACCAUUAUAUCCUUUGUUCUUGCCAGAGAGGUGGGAACAAGCUCAGUGGCGUCCAGUAUUCGGCUGGCCUGAGUCUGGCUGGGUACCUUUUUGUUACUGUUUUCAAAACACUGAAUUGCUGUCAUCUUGACGUGUAAGUUUCAAUAAAGAUUUGUAAAACUA